ACUCCAUCAUCCCACCAAAUUCAAAGCUCCAGACAUACCUAAAUCUCUAAAAUAUCUAAAAAUUUCUAUCUUUUCUUCCAUUUGUAAAGAAAAAUAUGAAAACUACACUUCAAGAACAUAUUCUAGAAUUUCAGAUGUCAUUGGCUCUAGCAAAAGCCAGAUAUUUGGGUCAUUCUUUGAAGCAUCUUCGAAUAUCUUCUUCAAACGAUGGAUCUCAAUCAUUAAUUAAGAAAGGUAAUGGAAAAGAUUUGAUCUUGAAUAGACUCAACAAAAAUGAAGGGAAAACAGACAUGUUAGACGAUGUUAUUCAUGCAGUCCAAGAACAUGGAGGCAAGAUAUCAGAAAAAAUAAAGGGAAAGUUGGGUUUAGGAGCAAGAAGUCUAAGAGUUGGUGGGAUGAGAAAAAUCUACAAGAAAUUAUUUUCAAUGAAUGAAGAAGAGAAGCUUUUGAAGGUUUCACAAUGUUACUUAUCAACAACGGCUGGACCUUUGGGUGGCCUUCUCUUCCUUUCCACUCAUAAAAUUGCUUUCUGCAGCGCCAAAUCCAUCACAUUCUCUCCCCCAAAUGGAGAUAAUGAUUAUGUUAGAAUUCACUAUAAAGUUGUGAUUCCAAUGGAGAAGGUGAUGGGAGUAAAUGAAAGUGAGAAGAAUGUUAAGACAGAUUCAGAAAAAUAUAUACAAAUAGUGACAGUGGACAACCUUGAGUUUUGGUUUAUGAGAUUUUUAAAUAAUUAUCAAUCAAUUUUCAAUUCUCUUCAAGUGUUAGUAAAAACAAAACUUUGAUUGUUUUUUCUUCUUUUAUACUCAUGGCUUCCUGAUGAUGAAGAGAUAUGUGUGUAUAUAAUUUGAAGCAUAAAACAGUGGUUAGUUUGUACAGUUUAUUUAUUAAAUUCAAUCUCUAAUGAAAAAAUUAACUCCAUUUUAUUU